AUGACUAGUUGUAGUCUUAAGUGUAGUAUGUUACCCUGCGUACACAUACGGAACACGAAAAAUGAAGUAAAUUUGGAAGACCCAAAGGAAGAAGGCACAAUACAAUGUUACAAAGAUGAAAUGAAUAUCAAUGCAGAAGAAACGACGCAUGUUAAAAGUGCAAUCGAUAAUAAUAAUAAUAAUAAUUUGUAUGAUAAGUCGUCCGACGAUUUAAAUACGAACUUUGAAAUUUGCGUCAGCGGUGACGUGAACAUGAGUAGCAUGGACCCUGCGGCGUACGCGCAGCUCUUGGCCAACGAGAGCGAAAGUGCGCAUGUGAACGCCACCGCGAGUGGCAGGGUGGUCGCCAACUUGAGUGAAAAUGCCAAUAGGACCACGUACGUCGACACGAACGCCGACGUGAUCAGCGGUGUGAACAGCGCCACUCCCAUGCGCGCCAUUGACAGGGCGAACAGGAGCGCGAAAGUUAACGUGAAUAAGUGCACCCAAAUAAGAGAUUUCAACCCCGAGGAGAUGAAGGCGUCGUUCGAGCAGGAUCGAAAGGACAUCCUGCUGAACACCUACAACUACUACUUCUGCAAUAGCUACGGGGACAUAAACCAGAGCGAUCACAAGAGCCAAGACGACACGAACGUGUACUACUACAAGCGGGUGUCCCUCAAUUUUAUGAAUUACAAUAACGACGCGGAGUAUAAGGACUACGAUGAUGACAACGGCAAUAAUAGCAGCAGCAACGGAAAUGACAGCAGUAACGGGAUUGACAGCAGUAACGGGAACGACAGCAGUAACAGGAUUGACAGCAGUAACGGGAACGACAGCAGUAACGGGAACGAUAGCAGCAACGGUAACGCCAACAGUAACGCCAACAGUAACACCAGCAGUAAGGCCAACAGUAAGGCCAACAGUAACGCCAACAGUAACGCUAACAGUAACGCAAACGGUAACGCCAACGCGAAUGCAAACGCGAAUGCAAACGCGAAUGCCAACGGUAGCCGGUGGGCCGAAAAGCCCUGCCAAGUAAAAUUCAAGAAGUGCAACACGAAUAACCUUUUUUUUAGAACCAAUUCGUACGACAAUGUAUUUUUGAAGAAGAUAAAGAUCACGAGUGUCGACAAUAAGUGCACCAGAAAAAGCAUAAAAAAUAACCGCUUCUUCUUCUCCGACAAGAACAUAAAUGAAGAUCUGCAUCCGCUGAGUGAUAAUUUCACAAAGUAUUGCAGUUCCCUGUCCGUCAAUUAUAACAACGUCAACAGUAAUGGUUGUAGGGACAACGCCGUUGUAAAUAACGUUAGGAACAGCGACAUUGGCCCUGGGAAUCAUGCCAGUGGUUUUAGAAACCCAGGAAGGCGCAACAACGCCAGUAGUAGCAACAGCACGAAUACGUCAUGCAGAGGUUUUCCUCGGUACUCCUACAUUUUGCGAUUCGAGGGCCCCCCUCCACAUUUCCUCAUUUUGAAAUACAACAAAGUUACAAAGAAAGCUAACAUAGUAAAAAAGGUGCCUGUGAAUAAGAACAUCUCGUUCAACCUUGCGAAAUUUAUUGCGGAAAAGUACAUCCAAAUUUUGAGAAAGAACUUAAGGAAGAAGGAGAAGAAAAUGGAGAAGAUGAGGAGCUCCGGGGUCGAAGCGAACGAUGGUGAAGCGUACAAUGGUGAAGCGUACAAUGGUGAAGCAGACAAUGGUGAAGCGUACAAUGGUGAAGCAGACAAUGGUGAAGCGGACAAUGGUGAAGCGGACGAGGAUGCAGUUUGUAAUGGGACACAUGCCAACAGCAACAAGGGAAGCAACCGAGGAAGCCGCAGCGAGUGCCCGAACGGCAGCCAGCACGAGAGCAACGACGCCUGUGACUCCAAGAAGAAUAUGGACUACAACAACAGCACCAACUGUGAAAGCUACCGGGGUAACUUUUUCAACUUUAGCACGAAGAAUUAUGAUGAUGAUGACGUGAACAAUAACAACAGCAGCGCCUGCAGCAGUAGCCUCCGUGACGACCAUAACGGGGACAAGCUGGAUAAUGAGUUCGAUAAUGAGCACCAUAAUGAGCCCAAUAAUGAGCCGAGUAAUGAGCACAAUAAUGAGCCAAGUAAUGAGCCCAAUAAUGAGCACAAUAAUGAGCACAAUAAUGAGCACAAUAACGAGCCAAAUAACGAGCACAAUAAUGAGAACGAAAACAGCGACAACAGCCUCUUCAACCGCAGCGGGGGAAGCAGCGCGAAGAACAAGUUCGGCGCGAGGAGUCAAAACAGCUCGGACUGCUCCGCAAGCAAAAGCAUCGAGCGGUUAAGUGACGAAAGACGAAUGGCUGAAACCCCGCGCAAAGGCGAACAACCCUUCUACAGUGAACUGCUAAUUAGUGAGAAUUACGAGAACAACGACAGUAACGAUCUGCAGAAUAUAGACAUGAAUUCGAUAAGUUACGAAAAUUGCAGCUCGGAAAAUUUGCACGAUGAGAAGCUCUGCACCUAUGAGUACCUCAAUAUAGACUUAGACAAUGUCGUUUUUAACACGGACACGGAGAAAUACAUCAAGUUUUUAAGCAACAUAAAAAUAUACUACCUGCAUAAGAUGGAUGACAUGAGAAAGAUCCUUCCUGGAUGUGACGACUCGACGGGAAAUAAGCUGGUCAUUUUGGUGAAAAUAAAGUAUGAGACGUGCGUAAAGUCGAAGAUCUUCAUUUUUGAGAACGUGCAGGAUAUGAUGAGUGAGUACGAGUACGUGGAUGACGAUUUGCUUGACAGUAUGGAGCAGGGCGACGGCGAAAACACGAUGCAGUUUAUGCUGAGGAGGGGUGCGAGCAUCGGCAGUAGUAAUAGCGGCGCCUGUGGGGGGAAUGCCUAUUAUGGGGCAAAUCAUGUGAAGAGCGAAAGCGGUAGCACCGGACCCAAUGCGAAUAGUAACAGCGAAUCGGCGAACAGCGAUUCUUUGGCGAAGGUGCCAACGGAGAGUGCAUGCAGUGCGGGGAUGGAUGAGAAUGGCGCGUCAUUGUGCGAAGGGGGCAGCUCGAGUGGAGAAGCGAAUCCGAAGAACGAAGCGCAGCACGAUCGGGAAAGCGAGAAGAAAGGCGGCAGCGGCUCAAGCAGCAACAAGAACGAUAGCGAGCCUGGGGUGUGCAAAUUGGAGCACAGCGACUACCUGUUGAGCUCCGAUUACGCGACCCAGGAGGCGGCAGUGAAGCGGGAGUUGUUGGAAGGAGAGGGGAAUGACGUUGGCGGCGGAAGUAGCAGUAACGGUGGCACUGGCGAAACGGCGAAGCGCAAUCUAGCGGAGGAGAUGGAGAAAAAGUGCAACGCUUUAGGAAUCAUCCCCGCCGACAAGGCAAACCAUGAAAUGAACGAACGGAAGGCAAAAAAAAUGACCAUGAACUAUAGGAGAAAAAUCAUUCACUUUAUACGAAAUAACGUGUACAUAAAUUCAUACAUAUACGACUGCUUUGAAAAUGUAUACAUGAAUAAUCAGUUUUUCAAGAACGACGUAAUUAUAGUGAACAAUUUGUGUGAAGAGGAUCAAAUGGUUGAUGACAUCCCGGAGUACAUAUACGAAUUGAACAAGUUUGUUUUUAUUAAGUUUACCAAGUUUGAUCAUUACGUUAGGAAGAAUCACAAAAUUGCAGAAGGGUAUAUACAGUACUUGCUGCAGAGUAACAUAAAGUGCAUUAAUAGGUAUAUGAUAGGUAUAAGGUGGGUUCCGGAUAUUUAUGCUUAUGAAUAUUAUGUGUGCAAAAUUAUGGAGGGGAAGCCGAAAGGUGUUGAAUUGAAAAACCAACAGAAGUAUAACUACUCUCUGACGUUACAGAAAGACUCGAAUGAGAAAACGUUGAAGUAUUUGGUGGACUAUGAGAAUAAGGUUAUUGACAAUGUGUUGUGUGUUUUGCACGAAUAUUAUCAGGCAAGUUUAUUUACCGAGAAGUGCAUCUUCAAUUUGUUUAAGUUAGUUUUGCUGAGGGUGAGUCUUUACAUUGGCGUUUUGAACACGAAGGUUAUUACGCUGGAUCUGGACAAGGCCAUGUAUCGAAUGAAGAAGUUUUCGGAGCCCAUAAGUUUGUGUGACAACUGCGCGGUUCCCGAGAAUGAGGGCACGCCCAAGGGGUCGGAGAAGUUCCUCGCGGGGGAUAUCAGCGGCGCGGUGGAGUGCAGCACGGGUGAGCAGCAGCACGAGAGCGCGUGGAACAGCAGCCCCCUGCACGUGGGUGCCGCGGGCGGCGGGUACAGCCAUGUGUACAGCGGGCUGGGUGGUAUGGGCGGCAACAUCGGAGGCAACAUCGGCGGCAACUUCGGCAGCGGAAGGAACGCGAACUGUCACGUCAGCCUCGUGGGCCGCAACGAUCAUACCCAGGAGGAAGCAGAUGCAAAGGCAAAGCACUCAUCUGACAGCGACCCCAGCAAUCUCCUGCAGGUGUACGACCCCUACAACGAUUUGUUCCUCAAGAAGGAGAAGUACGAAAAUGAGGGAUACAUGCAAAACAAAUUAAGGAAUAAAAAGAAGGUUAGUUACAACUUGGAUAACACCUCCCUAUCGUUGAGGACCCGACAGAAGAGAAAAAACUUUGCCAUGUCGAAGGGCGGGGUUGGAGUCGCAAUCGGUGGUGCUGCUUCUGGCAGCAACGAAGUCGGGGGAAGCGUAACAGGGGGGGAACCCUUCAGCAUAAAGUACUACAGCUCGUCGGCGGAUAACAACAAGGUAGGAAAUUUAAAUAAUCACAAAAAGGAGUACUACUCUAAUGCCAGCGAUUUUAGCGGGGCAUCCCAUUUGACGGCGAAGCAUAAGUACCACCUCCGCAGCAGCAAUGCGCAGUCGACGGAUAAUUACUCCUCCGAGGAGUACGUGACCAGGAUAAAGGUGAGGAACAGGAACAAGGGAAGGCGUAGGAUGCUGUACAAAUUGAUGAAUAAAAACGGGUUGAUAGAACCGUACUGGUGGUUUUUCUACAAUUUGUAUGAAAACGCGACAAUACAGGAUAGCGGAAGCAAUUGCAGCAGCACGAAGGGGAAGAAGAGUGGGAUGAUGCGCUCGUUGAAGUUGAAGGGAGGGAAGAGUAGCGGUGGCACGGCAGGCGGUGUGGGUGGCGACAUCUCCGGAGGUGACGCCAUUUCCACCGUGAGGAAAGGCCAACACAAGAUGAGCAAGCUGUUCGGAAAUUACGAGGGCAGCAAAAAGAAGACCCGCAAAUCGCGCGAAAACGGUGAGAAGUACAUCUACAGCAAAUUGCUAGAAAAAACGUACAAGAGCAAUUUAAUGAACCAUUUAUGCCAGAAGAAGAAUAAAAUCAAGAUCAAGUACAUUUCGAUGGUGCAUGACAUCAUUUACAAAAAGUUUAUUCUUUUGAGUAAUACAAUUUUCCCGAGAAAUAUACACGAGUCGGAAAUAUUGUACACGCUGUUCCCGCACGAGCCCCACACCUUCAUGUUUUUGUACACGGAUGACAAUUUCCAGUAUCAGAAUGAGACGUUUUUGAAGUACGUAACGUUUAGUGACUACUUGAUGAAUAUAAACCAUUUGGGGGAUGGCAGGAAGGGCGCGAUGCUGAUGCAGGGAGGUGCUGAUAGCCAUGCGCUAGGUGUCAGCGGUGGUAUCAGCGGUGGCAUCAGCGGCGGCAUCAGCGGCGGCAUCAGCGGCGGCAUCAGCGGCGGUGUGGUUGCUGCUCCUUUUGGGGGGAUUAUCCCAGCUGAUCUGUACGAAGGUGGGUUGCUAUCUCUGGAUGCGUGCAACGAGCUACAAAAUGGGAACAUAAAUAUGAACGUCCAUGUUGGGAACAGCCGAGGAAUCGAUAAAGAUUUUUACGUGGACCAUUUGAUUAUAGACGGAGCGGAGGGGCUGGUCGAUUCGUCCGCGAAUGUGUUGUUGACAAAUGGGAACUUAAAAUAUUCGAGCAUCCCGAAUUACGAAAGAGUGAAAAGUAGCCGACGCGAUGCGUACUUGGGGCUGAGUGAAAUUGGAGGAGGAAGGUCGGGGGCCCUCGGGUACAAUGCACUGUUGAACAUCGGUGGGGGUGUGGAGGACGGCCUGAACAAUUUGGAGGGCCUAGGUUUUGGUGGUUACGACACAAAUUACGCGUUCGGUGGAAAUGGCGAUCCUUACCGCCCGGGGAAUGAGGCUGUCGGUGGAGGCGGUAUUGUUGCCGGCGCGAAUGCAUACCUGGACACGCCUUCCAGCACGGGGCACAAAGUGUUCGGCUUUGAAAGGAGCAGAAGGGAAAUCAAGCCAAACGAGUACUACGACUAUUUUAUGAACGACAAGAACUUGCUGGGUGGGAAGAACAAGUUUCACAACAUUGGUGAGAAGAGAAGCGUUUCCAAUACGACCUUCGGAAGGGGCAGUAAAUAUUACGACCAUUAUGGAGACCAAGAGGAUAAGAAGAACACGAGCGACAAUGACAUUUCGCUGAUUAAGAAGAGGAAGCAUGGCAAUAAGAGAACCAAGAGUAAUAACCUAUCAAGUGUGAAAAAUUUUAGCAAUUUGUGUAGUAGCAGUAAGAGCGACAUGAACAACAAUGGGCUGGGAAACAGUGCGCUGGAUAGUAACGUCCACGAGGAUUCAAUGAUCCCUAUGGGUCCGCUCCCAACAGGGGUAUACUUCGACUCUGCGCGAAAGCUUUGGAGAUGUCAGUGGAAGGAAAAUGGAAAGUUUAAGACGAAGGGGUUCAGCUUGAUUCAUUACAACACCCUGGAGGAGGCGAGAAAGCAGUGCAUUCUGUACCGAUGUGACGUGGGCAACAUACCUGUCAAAAGUGAAUGGCUGAAUCCUGUGUACGUCAGUUCGUCCUACUUUUACAACAAGAAAUAUGCUAGCAGUGCGAAUAACACCAAUAACAGCGCAACGAAUUAUGCGACCCCGCAUAAGGAGUUAAAAACGAGUUCUUUGAAUUUGAAUCGAUUGAAGGAGAAAACGAACUGCGUGGAGAGAAAUGGGAAAGGGUUCAUGGACGGAUCAAGCAAAGAUUCGAGUGAUCACUACUACGGCGUGGUUGGUGGUGCCGGUGCCGGUGGCGGGAGUGCAGUGGGAAGUGCGAGCGUUAAUAGGUAUUCCACGAGGAACAAUACGGCCUCCAGCAAUCUCAACUUGGUGAAUAAUGACAAGGGCAACGAGAUAGACAUUUCCAUUUUGCAAGAAUUCGUGACGAAGAAUAAAGAAAAUCAGAACGUCAAUGAGAAGGUCGAGGGGGCGAAUAACAACCAUGGCAUGGAAGACGUGGUAGGGGAUAUUAACGGCUUCUUUGAAAAUGGAAGGGUGGAGAGCAGUGCAGUGAAGGAGAUAGAGGAGGGACACCCGCAGGAUCACCCCCACCCGCAGCAAGUGGUGGAUGGUGGAGAAGAAAGUGGAGAGACCCUCGCCGGGAGGAGAAGCAAACGCAUGAAGAGUAGCCCUAAUCAUGACACAAAUUAUAAGAUAGAAACUAAUGGCGAGUUGAAGGACUACUACCGAGGGGGUGGUGCCGAGGACUUUAUCCCCACUUUGGAGAACGUGAAUAAUUUUGAGAACCUUCGAAGUGCGUUCAGUAAGAAAAUUCUGAAGGAGAUCCAAAGCGCGAACGCGGAAGGGAGCAACGGGGGCUACGACUUAAUGGUUGGUGGAGGUAGUGUAGGGGUAAACCGCACUCCAGGAAACAACAAUAGCAGUGACGGCUGCGAUGCUGUGUCGAGCAACUUAGAGAUGAUGCUGAAGAUGCUGCAUAACAAGGACGGGAAGGAGGACGACCCAUUUAAGGCCACUUUGAACGGAGUGAAGACGGAGAAUGGACUCGCCUCAGGAGAGCCAGGCUUGGACGUGAGUCUUGGGAGCAAGGGGAACGCAGGCGAAGGCGCAGACGUGUACAGCAUGUUACGUGGGGUUAAGAAUGAGAUGCUGCUGCAGAGCGACAAUGAAAAUAAUUUGCCCUACUUCAAUGGCAUUCGAAAGAAGGGGAGGAAGCAGUUCAAUAAGAAGGAGUUCCAUUCGGUUAUGAGAAAGGACGUAAACCGAGAGAAACGAAAGAGCGUAGUACCUCUGAUGGAUGUGGUGAAUUCGUUGGACGUCAUUGGAAGAAAGGGAAGCGAAGGGACGUUUAUGGAAGACCCCGAGGAUGGUAGCAGUUUGUUACUAAACGGUGGAAACAUUUGUGAGAGCAUCUCCGCGUUUGUUAAGUAUGCCAGCGAGAAUAAUGAGUUCGCGGCGGGAGGUGGCGCAGAGGGAGGAGUGGCGGCAAACGGAGGGGGUGUGGGAGUCGGACUCGGUGCGUUGAGCAUGAAUAAGAGCCAUGGCGAAAACGGAGGCCCCCCAGGUGGUGGUACCACCAGCAGUGGCCUGUCAAAGAUGAGCAAGGGGAUGAACGGAGUUGGCGACAAGGGAGGAGGAGAGUCCGCGUUGAGUAACAAUUUCCCCGAUAUAUUUUUUCAGGACAUCAAGAACUUUUUAAACUUUGCUAAGGAGAGAGAGGAUCUCGCAAAAGGGGUUAGCAGUGGUGCCGCUGGUGUGGUCGCAGACAAUGUGGGUACGGGAAGCGGAUUCGAGGGGGAGGAGCCGACCGGGGGGCUGGCCUACUUUAAGGGGAAGAACCGGAACGCCAGCAGCGCGAACAGUGAGUACGAGAAUUACCUGAGAUCGAUCAUGGUUCAGUACGAGAAGGAGGAGAAGCAGAAGCAGCAGAGGCAGAGGCAGAAGCAGCAGGAGCAGCAGCAGCACCUGCAGCAACGGCACCCGCAGCGGACGCCCAGGAAGAGCGAGCAGGGGGGCGGCGCUGGCGACGGUGCGUUUCCGCUGGAUGACGGAGAUUUGAACCCUGCGGGUGGUAGCGCGCUUAAUAACCUGAUCGGUGCGAGCCUUCUGGGCAACGAGCAAGGAGAUGGCAGUAGCGGCGAUAAGAAAGGAGGAGCAGACUACCUCGAAUCUAACGAAGACGGCAUUAACGGCAACGGCGUCGUAACGAACGACAAGGGGGAGAAGGACCAAGGCAAGAACCUCUCGGCUGGAUUCUUUCAAAAGUAUCUGAGCCUAUUUAGCAGGAAGCAGCAGGGCACCACCGAAAGUAACAACCAUGUGGAGGAGGACAACAAUAAUAACAGUAAUAGUAAUGGUAGCAGUAGUAAUAGUAAUGGUAGUAAUAAUAAUGGUAACAAGGAGGGGGCUUCUCCCCCCGCGGCAGGAGGGGAGGAAGCCCCGGACAACUCCAAGUACGUGGAGUAUCAGAGUCCAGAAAAAGAAACGAACGAUUACAACACGAGGAAGAAGAAAAAAAAGGGCGACAUGGCCUACUCCUUUAUGAACAACAAUGACUACUAUUACUACGACGAUGAUAAUUUUAAUGACCACUUUAAUGAAAACUACGACGAAGAUCAGUUUAAUGACCACUUUAAUGAAAACUACGACGAUGAUAAUUUUAACGACCACUUUAAUGAGAACUUUAAGGAAAACGAGUAUGGGAAUAGUCACCACAUGGUGGAUGCUAAUUUGGACCAGAAGUAUUUGGGUGGAUUUAAUUAUGGCCCUGGAGGGAACAGCAUUACAGGUUCAGGUGUGUACGGGAAGAAGAAGGCCAAAAUGAAAGGAAGUAAAAACAAUGGUACAAGUGUUGGGGGGGGUAAUGGUACUUUGGGAAUUUUGUCCGACAAUGAAUCGAAGAUGCUGGGAGGGAAAGUCGGUAUGAAUGGAGGUAAGAAGAAGAACAACCCUGGGGGAGGUGGAUCCCCUGGAGGAGACAUCGACAUCAAUUUGAUAAAACAGUCGCUGCCGAAGGGCAUUUAUUAUGACCAUGCAAAGAAGUUAUACCGAGUGCAGUAUAUCAUAAACAACUCUAUUAAGACGAAGGGGUUCAGUGUGAAGAAAUUGGGGCUAGCUCAAGCGAAGAUCGAGGCGGAGUCAUUUCGGAACUUUUGCCUGGAGAACGGGCUUUUGAAUUCGCGCAAGAGGAGAAUAAACUCGCCGUAUAACAAGAAGGAGGAGAAGAACUUCAAAAUGAUAAAGGAUAACGAGGAGAUCCUUUCCAACCUGCUCUACUUGUACAACACGAAUAAUGGGAAGCAGCCGAUGCAGUGA